AAUGGGAGCUCUCGUGCUGUAUCAUUGGCGGCUCUCUGCCACCUAUAAUAAUAUUUAUCCGAGUUAUUGAUGUAGAUAAUUUAAUAAAAUAGACACGACUCGGCCUGAUAGAUGUUUUAUAAGCGGUAGAAAAAAUAAAAAUGGUUAAUUAACGGGAUGUCCUCGGUCGCGAGGGCUCUGUCGAUAUCAACGCGGGAUGUUCCGAGAUUAGCUCCACCGUGCUGCCCACCGGCCCUCCGUGCUCCCUCGGCAGGACGGUGACAGCGACACUCCGGUUCUUCGAGCUGGUACACCUCCCGGAAUAUCAACAACCGGGACAGGGCAGAGAUUAAAGCCUGAACGAGUUAAGGCAAAGAAGGCUGGAGCUGGAAGUCAGUGACCCCCUGAACCUUCAGGAUGAUGGCAGGACAGCAAAAACCACAAAGCCUGGUGACUCUGUGUCCCAAACAGGGCCUGUGCUGCGCAAAAGAUGUGUCCUCACCUGUUUUCCCAGCUCCCGCCCCCAGUCCCAUAGCUCCCAAGACCCCGUUGAAGAAGGACAACGACACCUCGCUGGGUUUCCUGACGCGGAGGUUUACGGAGCUGCUGAGCCGCACCACUGAUGGGGUGUUGGACCUAAACAUAGUCGCCCAGGAGCUCUGCACCUCAAAGAGACGGGUCUAUGAUGUCACCAAUGUGCUGGAGGGGAUCAAACUCAUCAAAAAGAAGUCUAAAAACAUGGUGGAGUGGUUGGGCGGUGAAGUGAACGUACACAUGGAUGAGGAGCUGAGGGCUCUGGUUGAGGAGGAGAGGAGGCUGGAUGAGUUGAUCCAGAGCUGCACGCUGCAGGUUCAUCAGCUGUGUGAGAACCAGAGCAGUCAGAGAUUUGCCUAUUUGACUUAUGAGGAUGUCCAGAGGAUUCCCAGCUUGAAAGAACAGACUGUGAUUGUGAUCAAAGCCCCUGCAGAGACAACACUGGAGGUGCCACACCCUGAAGAGAGCCUCCAGGUCCACCUCAGAAGCACACAGGGGCCCAUUAAGGCCUUCCUCUGCACUAACGACCCAAUCCCUAUGGAGACCUCAGACAGCUCUGGGGCCAGUGGUGCCAAUGGCAGCCACUUUAACACAUCCGCCAAUGGGACCAACUCUGCACCGCUCGUGCCUUACCCGGCCUUCGUCCAGGUGUCUGCCAAAGACAAAGCUAACCGUACUUCUGGAAUCAGUUGUACCUUCAACCUGCCGUCCGAGCCGACACAACACACGACACACGACAUGCACACCUCCCUCCAGCCCUCCUCUGAGGAGCAACAGAGCUUUGUCACGCUCACUCCACCUCUAGCGUGCUCUGUCGACGGGGAGCAGCACCUGGUGAACCUGGCAGAGGAUCAGGGCAUCACUGACCUCUUCUCCUCUGUCGACCUGGACCAGUCACACCUUCUCUGAACAGCUGUUAUCAGACAUUUUGGGGGCAGUUUCCAUCUCCUCACCAACGAGGAUAUCAAGAGGAUACAAUAAAUUAACUAAGUGCUGAACUAAAUGUGAACUUUUUUAGUUUUAUAUAUACAUUUGCCAAUCCUGGAGGAUGUGACUGGGAUUUACUGGCACUCAGGUAUGUGGUGGCCUGGAAUCUUUUCACGGCUUCCUGGCUGUCUCUAGGACUUGGACUGACAUGCAUGCUGUUAUAAAAAAAACACAGCUUUUGUUUGUUAAAUUGUUGGGUUUGGGAUGUAGGAGGUGGGGCUGUAUGAGGUACCUAUUUACAGUCAAUGUAUUACCUUCAGUAGAUGUCGGUCGAUGCACCGUCAGUUUGGAUAACAGGCAGAAGUCCCACCAGGGAAGCUCAGCAUUACAUUGCUAUGGACAGAGGUUGACAUCAGAAUGUAUUUUCCAAAACACUGGUUGGUGCUGGAGGUUUCUGUGAAGUGCUGUAAAGUUUAGUUGAUUCAAAAAACACAUCAAACACAUAUUAAACACACAUUAAACAUGGCUUAAUAGAGACAGUUUCAAACACAAAUCAGCUUCACUAUAACUCGCAGCAUUCACAGACAAACACUUGUCUAUACUAAACACGUUUUCCAAACAAAUACAACAUGCUAACGUUAUUAGCACAAGCCUAUGGCAUUUUACAUUGUAUAAAUUAGCCUAGCAGCUAGCAGAGAUUUCCUCUGCUCAUAUGAAGCCAGGAUAAAUCACACACAAGACUUAAAAUGCUAUUUUUGUGGAGGCUUUAUUGUCUUCACAA